AUGGCGAGGGUCCUCUCAGGGGAAGGGCGGAGGCGGGAAGCCGCGCGGCGCGCGAGCCCUCUCGAUUUAGAGCAGUGUUCCCUCAAAGUGCUGGAGCCAGAAGGAAGUCCCAGCUGGAGUCUCCUGAAACUACUGGGAGAUCGGGGUUGCACUGUGGUGGAGCUUGUGGAGUUCUUGCAGGCCCUGGAGCAUACAGAGGCUCUCCAGUGUCUCAGCCAUUCAGGUAUAAAGAUUGUUGUACAGCCAGACUCUCAAGCAGUGCUCUCUGGUCAGGUCGUCAAGCUGUGUUGUUGGGCAACAGGACACCCAUUUGUGCAUUACCAGUGGUUCAAACAGGAAAAAGAGGUUCCCCAUGGUAAUUCUCCAGAGCUGGUUUUGAAUCCAGUGAAUGUGAACGAUUCUGGCUUUUACAUCUGUCGAGUGAACAGUGAGUCUUCCUUUGUGUUCAGUCGGUGGGCACGACUUGAAGUUUGUGAUCUCCAGGGUACAUCUCAUGGGAGCUUAAUUGGUUUGCCUGAAAGCAAGUUGCGCAUUUGUAUUCAGCCUCAGUCACAAAACCUAACAGUGGGAGAUGCUUUGGUAUUAGAAUGUGGAGCUGUUGGAAACCCAAUUCCUCAUUACCAGUGGUUCAGAAAUGGAUUUCCCUUGGCAAAUGGGAGCAAAAAUGUCUACAUGGUAACUUAUGUGGAUGUGGAACAUCAAGGGACAUACUGGUGUCACGUAUUCAAUGACCAGGAAGAUCAAGACAGCAAGAAGAUAGAAGUCAUUAUAGGGAGGAAAUCUAUGGCAGUGGAGUGCACAGAAGAAGAUCUAAGUGAUCUUCAAAAACCAGCAGACCUACAAGAACAAUCAAAUCACAGACCUGUUGCAACAGACAAGGUAGCUCUGUUAAUAGGAAAUAUGAGCUACUGGAAUCACCCCCAACUCAAGGCUCCAAUGGUAGAUGUCUAUGAAUUGACCAAUUUGCUAAGACAGCUGGAUUUCAAAGUUGUUUCUUUGCUGGAUCUUACUGAGUCCGAGAUGCGAAAUGCAGUGAAUGAAUUUUUACUUCUCCUGGACAAAGGAGUAUAUGGUUUGUUAUACUAUGCUGGCCACGGCUACGAAAACUAUGGGAACAGUUUCAUGGUUCCUAUUGAUGCUCCAAGUCCCUACCGGUCUGCAAACUGUCUGUGUGUGCAGAACAUCCUCAAACUAAUGCAGGAAAAAGAGACGGGACUUAAUGUAUUCCUACUGGAUAUGUGUCGGAAAAGGAAUGAAUAUGAUGACACAAUUCUUAUCUUAGAUGCUCUGAAGGUUACGGCCAACAUUGUUUUUGGAUAUGCAACGUGCCAAGGAGCAGAAGCUUUUGAAAUUCAGCAGUCAGGGUUGGCCAAUGGAAUCUUCAUGAAGUUCUUGAAGGACCGUUUGUUAGAAGACAAGAAGAUUACUGUACUGCUUGAUGAGGUUGCAGAAGAUAUGGGCAAGUGUCACCUUACCAAAGGCAAGCAAGCUUUGGAGAUCCGCAGCAGUUUGUCUGAGAAAAGGGCAUUAACUGAUCCCAUUCAACAAACCGUAUCUUCUGCAGAGUCUCUGGCGCGGAACCUACAGUGGGCCAAAGCUCAUGAGCUUCCAGAAAGUAUGUAUCUUGAAUUCAAAUGUGGUGUUCAGAUUCAGUUGGGGUUUGCAGCCGAGUUUUCCAAUGUCAUGAUAAUCUACACACGAAUAGUAAAGAAGCCACCUGAAAUAGUAGUUUGCAGAGCCUACGUUACAGACUUCGCACUUGACCUGGAUGUGGAUCCUAAAGAGGCCAAUAAAGGAACUCCUGAGGAAACCGGAAGCUAUUUAGUAUCAAAGGACCUUCCCAAACACUGCCUCUACACCAGGCUAAGUUCACUGCAAAAACUAAGGGAGCACUUGAUCUUCACUGUGUGCUUGCACUAUGAGUAUCCAGGAAUAGAAGAUACAAUGGAUGAAAGAAAGGAAGUUAAUGUUGGGAAGCCCCUUAUUGCUAAAUUAGGCCUUCAUCAUGGAUUCAAAAAUAACUGUCUCCAGACUUGUUGUGUGGCUAAUAAUCCUUUUCAUCAUCAAAUAGAAUCAAGUCCGGUGGCAACUAAAUACUAUGUCCCUAGUCAUUGCCAACCAAAUUCCUGUCCAGGCGUUUACCAUCCAAACCGUAUUUGCUCAGACAACAUCAGACAACCAGAGGCAUGUUCUUGCAAUGGGACUUCAAGGAUAUUAGCUUCAAGACAUGAAGUACGGAAUUACUCCCCCCCUGUGGAAAAGAGUAAUGUACCAGUAGAGACCACUGAUGAUACUGUUGAACUGGAAUUCCUUCUCUCUGACAACCUCAGAUUCUCUAAACAGCAGUAGCUGUGAUGUGUUUGGAAUAGACCACAGUAUCAUUCUUGAAUAGGGGACCUUCCACACUGCUUAUCCGUCUCCUGGAGUUUGGGGGCUUCUGGACAAAGGGAUUGGAGAGUCUAGAGGUGGUACUGGGAAUGAGGUUGUGAUGAAAAUUUUUCAGAUCCAAAGAGACAAAACUGGACUGAUACAUUUAGGAAUG